AUGCUGAGUUCGAUUCAGAACGCUCUCAUUCCACCUCCGAUUCCCUCAAACCCUUCCCCAGUCCCACCAGAUCCUUUCAAGCCAAUUACACCGGUCAGCGAGCUGAACGUUACCUAUCCGUUCAUUCCUAUCGGUACCAGUAAUCCAAUCCCACCUCCCUUCUCACCACCUCCGCUCAAUCCGUACGCUCCGUUGCAAGGGAUACAGAGGCCAAUCCAUUACGUACGUUAUCUCAUUCGAUUAAAGAAAUUUAUGGAAAAAUUGUCGCUCGAAUGGAUUUGUAUGGGAUUAAAAGGACCAUGUCAAAAAUACAUCGGUUACUUCUUCUACAACUCCUCAUUCCGACGAGGCUCUUUCAAUAACAACAGGAAUGUUCCUCCGAUUCCACUCGCUGCUGCACCAGGUUAUGUUGGAGGUGAUGCUUACGUUGACUCCACCGUAUUACAGUACUCUAAAAAACCACUACAAGAUCAGAGCAAAGUUAUGAGGCAUCCGAUUAUUCUGUUUAGUCCUCAUUCCGACGAGGCUCUUUCAAUAACAACAGGAAUAUUCCUCCGAUUCCACUCGCUACUGCACCAGUUUUCCGAAAUUCUCAAUGAGUUCAUUACUCCAAUUCUAGGUUAUGUUGGAGGUGAUGCUUACGUUGACUCCACCGUAUUACAGUACUCUAAAAAACCAUUGCCCGAUACCGAUUUUUCACUUGACAGCAGGCCAGUUAUCGUAAACAAGGAUCGACUACCUUCACCAGCAGAGGAAACCGGCAGAAAGCUUAUUCGGCCAAGAUCCAUCAGUGGACCCUAUCGAGAAAAUCAAGAAGAAAGUGAAUCGUAUGGAAAACUUCAAUUGUUUGCUCGGAAUCAUCCCACGUUUAUGCAGUCGCUUGGAACACGAUUACCAUCGAAGGAAAGUGGACUGAUUCCACCGAAGUUGAACGUAGGCGAUGCGCCACGAAGUGCUCUGAGUCCAAAUGAAAAACUGGAUUUGUGUUGUCGAAAAAGAGCCGUAAAUCCAGCCUGUCAAUCGAUGUGCAAUUUCGAUGUACUCAACGAGCAAACGGUUCGUUUCCUAUGCCCUGCCUAUAUUUUUUAA